ACUGGAAAAGGGGGUUACAACACUACCUGAAAACUUGCUACAAAGACCGAAAGAGGGAAAGAUAAGACUUGGAUGGUUGCUGGCUGCAGUUGCGUGUGUGUGUAUGUGUGUUUCUGGUUACUGUGGUUGCAGAAGGCGGGGUAUUUCAAAGUGACAACAGAAGAAUGAUUUCUUACACCGCCACCCAGCAAGUGGCAGGACUUUUCUGCCCUGCUUUCUGCGGUGACCGGUGAUUUGAAGUGCCUUUCGCGGAGUUAGGAGUAUCGAGGAAAGGCGUGGCAGGCGGGUUUGGGACUGGAUCCCUCCCUGUUUGCUGCAUGUUCGUUGUGGAAUACAUUCGCCGGCCUGGCUCGGCCAGCGUGUAAUUAAUUGACAAAUGGCAGAUUUCAGCACAAGCCGACAGGACCGGCGCCACAGGUUGGCGGCAGGCGGGAGUUGGCACCGACAAGGGCUCCUGCAGUCCCCACCCCUCACCCUCUCGGAGCUGGGCAGAAGCUACGAGGAACUACACCGGGGCAGAAGAUCCCCGCUUCGAUUUCAGGACUCUCUGCCGGAGGACCGGGAAUGCCUCGAUCCGAUCUGUCCCUGCCGCAGCCUGAAGGGAUUGGGGUCUGUUGAUCCAUUGCCAGACAAAGCCCUGCGACUGGCACGGAGACUUCAUUAUGAUCCAUCUGAUGCCGCCAGCCCCUCUCUCUCAAAUGGAACAGUGGACCUUGGGCCCUACAACUGGAUAACAACCAGAAGGCGGUACUCUUUGUCUCACCUUCCAGAUGACUACAAAGCAGAUGACCCGCUUUGCCCGCCCCCCCAAGUGCUGGGUUUGGGCCACUUCGAUGUGAACCUCAAGGCCUGCCUGUCGGACAGCGGGAAGAAGAGGGCACAGCUGGUGGACUGCCUGAAAGAAGCACACAGCCUUUUGGAGGGGCAGUCUGCACAGCUGCGGAAACGCGAAGACCAACUAUUGGAAAGCAAGGCCAAGAUUGAGCUGCUCUCUGUCAGGCUGAAACAAUUGGAAAAUUCUAUUUCUCAACUAGAAAGAGAGAAGAACAUGCUGGAAAUGUCACGACUUGAAGAUCAAAAGAAAAGUGGAGCACUGCAAGACAAGGUUUCACACCUGGAGGCUGAAAUGGCAAAAGCGAAAUCCUCACUGGAUUUAAUCAACCGUAGCCAUGGGUCUAACCCAUCACAUCCCCCUCUUUCAUUCACCUGGACAAAACUGGAAGAUGGUGCUCUAAAGCAGGAAAGGGAUGUGCUCUCCUCAAAAUCAGUGAGACUGGAAGAGACUGUUACCAACCUGAGGACACAACUAGCAAGUGCAGCAGCAAACAAGGAUCGGUUCCUACAGGAGAAGCUGGAUUUACACCAGCAGGUUCAACACUUGACUCUGGAGUUGGAGCGAGCUCUGAGAGGGAGGGAAGGCUUUGAUGACCAAGUUGCUGAUCUCCACAUGGAGUUGGCGAGCACCAAAUCUCAGGCCAACAGACAGGACCAGGAAAAAGUCUUAUUAAAGGAAAAUCUAGCAGCCAUCAAACAGGUGAAUGAAAAGCUCACCUCUGAGCUCAGCGAGUCCCGGCGGAGGCUAGAGCUGUGCCAGGACCAGCUCCACCAGCUGCAGGCCGAGAAGGUGAUCUUCAGCAACCAGAUUGAAGCUUUGGAAAUGGAACGCGGUCAGUUGGUCAGCGAGAAAGAGAUCUUGCUGACCGCUGUGCAGACGGGUGGCAAAACGCAGGAGGAUGAGCUACUCACUCUGAGGCAAAACUGCAAGGAACUCAGAGUCAAGCUUGUGCUGGAAGCAUCUGAGAUGAGCUGAAUACGAUUGAAUUUAUCACCACAACCCCACAUUCCCA